UGUGCGCGCUCCCGCUGAGGCCGUUCCUGUCGGGGUUACCGACCUUCUCACCACACCUGCUUCGCUGCGUUGCUUUCGGUUUCUGCAGCUCCUGUUGUCAGAGAAAUGCCUCCGAAGAGCAUCAAGAUGCUGCUGCUGGACUCCCUGGAGGACCUGUCCGCAGAAAACUUUGACAAGUUCCGCUACGCUCUGCUGGAUCGCCGCGAGGAGCCGCGGGUCCGACGCUGCAGGGUGGAGGGCAAGAGCCGCCUGGAGGUCGUGGACGUGCUGGUGUCCACUUUCACCGAGGAGAAGGCAGUGGGAGUCACCGAGGAGAUCCUGAGGGAGAUCCGCUGCAUCCAGGAGGCAGACAGACUCGCAGUUCCUCAGAGUUUCUUCAGCGCCGCUCUUCAGCAUCAGCAUCCUGGACGGCUGCUGUCUGUAGAUCCGAUGACCUCUGACCCCUCCUGCUCGUUUCCAGGGCGGGUGCUGCAGAUGCAGUCGACGCUCCAUCACCUGGACGGACGGGAAAUGGCUCCAAAAACAGCCAAGAAGAUUCUGAAGGAAGUUCUGGAGAAUCUGACCAAGAUCAACUUUGACAAGUUCCGAUCGGAGUUAGUGGACCGCGGCGAGGUGAAGAUGAACCAGGUGGAGGACCGAGACUUCCUGGUGGUCUCAGAUGUGAUGGUCUCCGUUUAUACCCAGAAGCAGGCUCUGCUUGUGGCCCACGAGAUCCUCACAGAGAUCCGGUGCGGAGAGGCUGCCAGCAAUCUGGUUGAAGAGGCAAAAAAGGCUGGAUUAUGGUCCUCAGAUGGUUCUGCUGGAGAUGAGGAGCACUUCGUGGACAAACACAUGGACGAGCUGAUCCAGAGAGUGAGCUCCGUUGCUCCCAUUCUAGACAAGCUCCUUAAAUUCAAAGUCAUCCAGAUUGAAACUUAUGAUGAGAUCAGCGCUGAAAGGACGUCCCAGGCCAAGAUGAGAGCCAUCUACAGAGGCCCUCUGAGAGCCGGCAGAGACGUCAAAGACAAAUUCCUGGACAUCCUGAAGGAACAACAACGCCCCCUGAUUGAUGAUCUCAUGAAAAAAUGAAAUUAAACAUUUUAAAGAACAACAAUGGAAAUUUGAAUGAGAAUUAAUUUCUCUGAGCUUCAUUUUCCUGAAAUCAAAUAAAAGCAUUUUUCUGA